AUGUUCAACUCAAAACGUUUUUUUCAGCACGAUUUCCAUCAUGCUCUAAUUCCGGUCUCGCAGGGGAAAUCUUCCUCCUAUGUUUCGCAUAAUUCCGAAAUCGGUGAAUGAAAAUGGACGCUUUUGCCCAGCUAGUCCGGCACCGCGAACAGGCGGCGCGGAAAAUCAAGGUCCACAAGACGUACAUCAACGAGGAUCCGAACGUGGAGGAUGUCACGCACUGCCCUAAGUGCUGGUCGCGGAACCAGCAGAGUUCCGUCCGGUACAUGUACAUCAACUUGAACGAAGCGAUCUACAAGUGCGAGUCGGCGAGCUGUAUGUACCCGUUCCGAAAUUUCAAGUUCAAAAAUUACACCGACAAAACGGUUUAUUAUUACACGGCGUUGGACGCAGAGGAAUCGGCGGUGGCUGCGCCGGUGUUGGAUGACUUCUUGGAAGUGAGUUCGCCGAGCAAGGGUCAAUCGUCGCCGGUUAAAGGGCAGGUGGGUGCCAACACUUCGCUGUUCGAUUUCAACCUGGACUGUUUCUCGCCGGAGAAGGUCGCUUCGGGAUCGUCGCCGUUGAGCAAUAUUAAAACGCCGGAUCGGAACAUUUUUGGGAGUCCGUCGUUGCUGAAUUUGGUGAAGGACUUUGACACUGGAUUUAUUGACGAUAUUUUGUCGGAGCUGGGUGGCGGGGCGGGUUCCCCGGAGAAGCAAUCUAGUCCGGUCGUCCGGGUGACCCCGCCGAAGCCGGUUGCAACUAGCAAGCAGCUCAAGCGAUGUCUGCAAAUGUUCCAGCAGAAGACAGAGGUGGGGGAUGUUCAGAGCGUUUUCAAAGUACCUCCGGUUCCGGGCACGGAACCGCCAGUUUCACCAAAGAGCAAGACUCGAAAGAGUCCCGGCGAGCAUCGCCGGCGGCACAAGCACCCGCGACGGCCAAAGCACAGCUCGUCCAGCAGUGCCGUGUUGGACGGUCCGCUGUCGUCGGAGCAGAUUCUUCAAAAGAGUCGACUUUCGCCGCUGCAAUUUAUCGAAUCGCUCAAUAGUAGGAAACCGCCGGACGGCGGCACCAAGGAACCGACCCCGACUCCCGUGCCGGGCAUCAAGCGGUUGGGCAACCAGAAGGUCGAACGCAUGCUGAACUUUAUCGAGCGCAGCAUGAAGAAGCGCACGCCGGGGACGGAAUCGCCGUCGACAUCCUCCGAUGACCGGUCGCCGUUGAAGCGAGCGAACCAGUUUACCUCGGCGCGACGAAAGGACACGCGAAAGUUGUCCCUGUCGGCAGCGGUGCUGCAGGAUUCGCAGUUUCGGUACGAAGGGGGCGCUGAAGAGGAGUGCGCGGAACCGGUCGUCGCUGCGAGUCCGGAGAAGGAGGUGCCACCGUCGCCGCCGAAACAACAAGCGGAGGCGCCGCCGCCCGUGCUGCCCUCGUUCGACGAGCUGAUUGACUUUAUUCACCCGCCCAAUCCGAGUGACCCUCGGUGGAAUCACGCGGCGUGAUCGCCACACCAAAUUGUGUUCAAAUACCGUCAAGUAUUGGGGCUAGCUUAAUUUUUUUCGCUUUAGAUGAAUUGAAAUAAACUUGAACUGAUAGAAGAA